AUGACCCACUCGUGCUGCUCCCCUUGCUGCCAGCCUACAUGCUGCAGGACCACCUGCUGCCGGACUACCUGCUGCCAGCCCACAUGCUGUGGGUCCAGCUGCUGCCAGCCUUGCUGUUGUGGGUCGAGCUGCUGCCAGCCUUGCUGCUGCCCAACUUGCCGUCAUACCACCUGCUGCAGGACCAGCUGCUGCAGGACCACCUGCUGCCAGCCCAGCUGCUGUGGGUCCAGCGGCUGUGCACAAAACUGCUGUGGGUCUAGCGGCUGUGGGACCUGCCCAUCCUCCACCCCUGACACCAUGACCCACUCAUGUUUCCCCUCCUGCUGCCAGCCUACGUGCUGCAGGACCACCUGCUGCCGGACCACAUGCUGCCAGCCAACAUGUGUGACUUCCUGCUGCCAGACCACAUGCUGUAGUUCUCCUUGCUGCCACCCAACUUGCUGUCAAACCGCCUGCUGCCAGCCCAGCUGUGGGCCCAACAGCUGUGGACAAACCUGUAGUGGGUAG